GCCCGAUGAAUUACAUCCUAGGCUUAUGAAGGAAUUAUCUAACUUCUUUGCGAACCCUUUAAAUAUAUGCUUUAAUCUAUCCGUUACGCAUGGUCGAUUACCAGAAGACUGGAAGAACGCCAUAGUAAGUCCUGUUUUCAAAACAGGUACGGAACAUAAACCUGAGAAUUACCGACCCGUUAGCCUAUCUAGUGUAGUUGUUUAAACCUUAGAAAAUAUUAUUCGGAAGGAUCUAUUCAAGUAUUUCGAUGAAAAACGUUUUUUUUUUCGGAGAAUCGACAGGGUUUCAGAUUAAGUUAUUCUUGUCUCACUAGCUUAUUUGUCGCUCGUGAAAGCUGGUGCACUAUUAAGGAUAAAAAGUUACCUGAAAACGUAGCCUCAAUGGAUUUCAUCAAGGCUUUUGACAAAGUUCCGCACAACCGGCUAAGAAAUGUUGGAAUUGAAGGCAAUCUAUUGAUGUGGAUAAAAUACUUCCUAGUUAGGCGCCAACGAAGAGUAAGGGUGAACUCAAAGUUAUCUAGCUGGGAAACUGUGCUUAGUGGAGUGCCUCAGGGUACAGGUUUGGGGACAGUGCUAUUCCUCUUGUAUGUAAAUGACCUUCCUUGCCUCCUAUCAUCAUCGGUCUUGCUAUAUGCUGACGAUGUCAAGAUAUGGAGAACGAUACGAUGUAAGAGUGAUAGCUUAGAACUUCAAAAUGACCUGAAGAAGUUAUCUGAAUGGUCUCAAACCUGGCAGUUGCCGAUAAAUACUUCCAAGUGUGUAGCGAUGCAUAUCGGUCAUCAAGGCACAGAUACAUACACGAUGAAUAACACUGAGCUACCCGUCGUCCAGACAUAUAAUGACUUAGGAGUCAUCGUUAGCCAAGACCUAAAAACUACUACACACUGCCGUGCGAUAGCCACCAAAAGUUUAAGAACCUAAUCGUCAAUAUGAGGGCUUUUAGUCAUGUCGACGCUGAAACGUAUUGGACUUUGUACACAGUGUUCGUACGUCCUAAACUUGAGUACUGCAUACAAGUGGCUAGCCAUUGCCUAAAAAAGGCAGUGGACUUUUGGAAAAGGUCCAGAGAACAGCAAACUAAGCUGAUUCCAGGAAUAGCAAAGCUUCCGUAUGAUGCUUAACUGGCCAAGCUCAACCUACUUCCGUUGUCAUAUCGUAGAACUAGAGGCGACUUUGUUAUGACUGGCUUUUCUAUCACGCGACUUAUCGACCAGUCAGAAUACGACUUAUACAAUUUCACACUAUGCCAAACCAAUGACGUUCAACCGGUAUGAGCAGUUUAGCAUCCUGAUUGGUCCUAUGUCCACCUAGCCCUUCCACUUGAGUCCAGAAC